AUGACUCCGUAUGAAGAUUCCGACAGUGAGGAAGAUCAUUAUGCACCCCCACGCCGUGGUGGUUAUCGCAGAGACCGACGACGAAGGGAUAAUUAUGACGUUGGAGGUUUCAAGAUGAAGAUGGAUCUGCCAUCUUUCAACGGGCAACUGCAUAUUGAAGAGUUCCUCGACUGGAUUGCAGAAGUAGAGAGGUUCUUCGAGUAUAUGGAGAUCCCAGAAGAACGCAAGGUAAAAUUGGUGGCCUACCGACUCAAAGGUGGAGCUUCAGCUUGGUGGGAAUCUGUUUGUCUGAAUCGAUCUUGUCAAGGGAAGCCGAAGGUCGAAAGGCGGGAGAAGAUGAAGAAGCUACUGAGAGCCCGUUUUCUGCUAAGUGAUUAUGAACAAAUAUUAUUCGGGCAGUACCAAAAUUGUAAGCAAGGUGGAAGAACCGUGGAUGAGUACACACGGGAAUUUUAUCGGCUGUCAUCCCGCAACAACUUGAACGAGAGCGAGACCCAACAGAUGUCUCGAUAUACAUGGGGAUUAAGGAUGGCAAUUCAGUAUCGUGUAUCUUUACAACAGACCUAUACCUUAGCAGAUACAGUUAGCCUAGCCGAGAAGGUGGAGCGACAACUCGGACGAAAUAGUAAAGGAUCAUGGGCAGCUUCCAACGGGUCGUACACGAGUUUCAAACGUGGUGGAAGUAAACAGUCUCAGACUGUUUCUGAGCAGGAUGCAACAACGGAGAAGGGCAAGGGUCCAGCGACAACAACAGCAAAGAAGCCUACCCCAGCGAACCCUUAUGCCAAGCCUGACCCGAUCAAGUGUUACAGAUGUGGACAGCCUGGUCAUUGA